AUGCCAAUGAGGAGUCAUUUCGGAGAUGGAGGGCAUGAAAACCAAGGAGGCUUCUCCUUCCCCCUCCCUGACGGCUUCCCUAACCCGAGCCCCGACCAGAUCAAGAAUAUCCAAGACCGGGCUCAUGGCACACUCCCCAAUAUGCCUCUUCCGACUGGUCUCAGCGAGGACGGCAUUACGAACUUCAAGCUGAUCGCUUUCAACGAGCUCUUUGAGGUGGCCUUCUUCUAUGAAUUGGUCCAAAACAUCACCAACGAGGUCGAAGGCUACAAGUUCGGUGCGGACAAGGACCAGGUUUUGCAAAAUCUCAACGUCAUCCUUGCCGUUGAGGAGCUACACGCUCUCGGUGCCAACGCCAUCCUCCAGGCCAAUAAGCAAGAUCCCAUCCAGCCCUGCAGGUACAACUUCCCUGUCUCGGACUUCGAGAGCGCCAUUGGCCUCGCCGCCACCUUCACCGACGUUGUCCUCGGGACGCUCCAGGAUGUUAACGAUAUCUUCGCCCAGAACACCGAGAACGGCCCCGUGCGUCUCAUCUCCUCGGUCAUUGGCAACGAAGGCGAGCAGGAAGGCCUCUUCCGCAUUAUCCAGAAGAAGACAACGCCUGCACAACCCUUCCUCACCACCGGCACCCGCGACUUUGCCUUCACGGCCAUCCAAGGCUUCGUCGUGCCCGGCAGCUGCCCCAACAUCGAGGAAAUUCCGCUGAAGACUUUCAAGCCCCUCAACGUCGUCAGCCAGAACAUCCAACCCAAGGACCAAGAGCUCGAGUUCAGCUUCGAUAUGUCUGGUGUCGAUGUCGAUGUUAACUCGCUUUCUUUGGUCUUGAUCAAUGCUCAGAACGCGCCGAUCGUUGAGAAGCUCGAGAACAUUGAGGCCAAGGAUGGUGUUGCUACCUUCACCGCAGAGUUCCCCUUCGAGAAGUUCCUGCUGCACGGUCUUACUAUUGCGGCUGUCACGCACUAUGCGGAGUCCUUUAACAGCCCUGACGAUGUCGCCAAGCAGACUAUUUUUGCUCCUGGCCUCAUCGAGGUCAACUAG